AUGAUAAGAAAUAAAACUGUCAUCGCAGAGUUCCUUCUCCUUGGCAUGCCAAUAGAACCAGAUCAGCAAAAUUUAUUUUAUAUCCUGUUCCUGGCUAUGUAUCUUACUACUGUCCUGGGAAACCUGCUCAUCAUUGUCCUCAUUCGCCUUGACUCUCAUCUCCACACACCCAUGUAUAUGUUUUUAAGCAAUUUGUCUUUCUCUGACCUCUGUUUUUCCUCUGUCACAAUGCCUAAAUUGCUCCAGAACAUGCAGAGCCAAGUCCCAUCUAUUCCUUAUGCUGGAUGCUUGACUCAAAUGUACUUCUUCCUGUUUUUUGCAGACCUGGAAAGCUUCCUCCUUGUGGCCAUGGCCUAUGACCGGUUUGUGGCCAUCUGCUUCCCUUUACACUACACCACCAUCAUGAGCCCCAAGCUCUGCCUCUCCCUGGUGUUCCUGUCUUGGGUUUUGACCACAUUUCAUGCUAUGUUACACACUCUACUCAUGGCCAGAUUGUGUUUUUGUGCAGAUAAUGUGAUUCCCCACUUUUUCUGUGAUAUGUCUGCUCUGCUAAAGCUGUCAUGCUCUGACACACAAGUGAAUGAGUUGGUGAUAUUUAUCAUGGGUGGACUCAUUCUUGUCAUUCCAUUUCUGCUGAUUAUCAUGUCCUAUGCUAGAAUUGUGUCCUCUAUCCUCAAGGUCCCUUCAGCCAGAGGUAUCCGCAAAGCCUUUUCCACCUGUGGCUCCCACCUCACAGUUGUGUCAUUGUUUUAUGGGACAGUUAUUGGUCUCUAUUUAAUUCCAUCUUCUAAUAACUCUACUGUCAAAGAGACUGUCAUGGCUAUGAUGUACACUGUGGUGACACCAAUGUUGAAUCCAUUCAUCUAUAGCCUGAGGAACAAAGACAUGAAGGGAGCAUUGGGGAGGGUCUUUAGCAAAAAGAAAAUUUCCUUUUAUCUAGGAUGGUAA